AAGGGACUGCUUCCUUCGGCCUCCUUUUUACCCUGGGGACCUGGGCCAGGCUGGGGGGGCUCGCAGGGGCCCUGUGUGUUUCUCUUUCACGUCUUCCUUUCCAUCCGUGGAAGAAAAGGAUACACCCUGUACCAUGAGGCUGUCCCUACUCCUGGGGUUUGUCUCUGUCAUUCCUGUCGCUGUGCAGCUCCUGGAUACAAGGCAAUUUUUAAUCUAUAAUGAAGAUCACAAGCGCUGUGUGGAGGCAGUGAAACCCAGUGCGGUCCAAACUGCAUCUUGCAGCCCGGACUCAGAGUCACAGAAAUUCCGAUGGGUAUCCUCGUCCCAGAUCAUGAGCGUUGCUUUUAAAUUAUGCUUGGGGGUGCCGUCCAAAAGCGACUGGGUUCCUGUCACCCUCUAUCCCUGCAACUCCCAGAGUGAAAUUCAGAAAUGGGAAUGCAAAAAUGACACACUUUUUGGGAUCAAGGGUGAAGAUCUAUAUUUUAACUAUGGCAAUAAACAGGAAAAGAACAUUAUGUUGUACAAGGGAUCUGGCUUAUGGAGCAGGUGGAAGAUCUAUGGAACCACAGAUGAUUUAUGCUCCAGAGGUUAUGAAGCCAUGUACACGCUGCUGGGCAAUGCCAACGGAGCCCCCUGCGCAUUUCCUUUCAAGUUCGAAAACAAGUGGUACGCAGACUGCACAAGUGCUGGGCGGUCAGAUGGAUGGCUCUGGUGCGGGACCACCACAGACUACGACUCUAACAAGCUGUUUGGAUUUUGUCCUACGAAAUCUGAGGACAAAUUAUGGACUAAAGACCCGCUGACCAGCAUCCUUUACCAGAUCAACUCCAAGUCUGCGCUGACGUGGCAGCAGGCGAGGAAGAGCUGCCAACAGCAGGAUGCUGAGCUCUUGAGCAUCACAGAGAUUCAUGAGCAGACUUACCUGACAGGAUUGACCAGCUCCUUGACUUCGGGACUCUGGAUCGGGCUUAACAGUCUGAGUUUCAACAGUGGUUGGCAGUGGAGUGGCGGCAGUCCGUUCCGGUACUUGAACUGGUUGCCAGGAAGUCCAUCAGCUGAACCUGGAAAAAGCUGCGUGUCCCUCAAUCCUGGGAAAAAUGCAAAAUGGGAAAACCUGGAAUGUGUUCAGAAGCUGGGCUAUAUUUGCAAAAAGGGCAACAACACUUUGAAUUCUUUUAUAAUUCCCUCAGAAACGGACGUGCCUAGCAGCUGUCCUAAUCAGUGGUGGCCGUAUGCAGGCCAGUGCUACAAGAUUCACAGAGAAGCGAAGAGAAUCCAGAGAGACGCCCUGACUGCGUGCCGGAAGGAGGGGGGGGACCUCGCCAGCAUUCACACCGUUGAGGAAUUCGACUUCAUCUUCUCCCAGCUAGGAUAUGAGCCCAGCGAUGAGCUGUGGAUUGGCUUAAAUGAUAUGAAGGUUCAGAUGUUCUUUGAGUGGAGCGAUGGGACCCCAGUAACAUUCACCAAGUGGUUGCGCGGAGAGCCCAGCCAUGAGAACAACCGGCAGGAAGAUUGUGUGGUGAUGAAAGGCAAGGAUGGCUUCUGGGCAGAUAGGGCUUGUGAGCAGCUACUAGGCUACAUCUGCAAGAUGAAAUCCCAAGCCCAAGCUCCGGGAACCGUGAAAGACGAAGCAGGCUGCAGGAGAGGCUGGAAACGAUAUGGCUUCUACUGCUAUUUGAUUGGAAACACACUGUCCACAUUUACAGAAGCAAACCAAACAUGCAACAAUGCGAAGGCUUACUUAGUAACUAUUGAAGACAGAUAUGAACAAGCAUUCCUGACUAGUUUGGUUGGACUGAGGCCUGAAAAAUAUUUUUGGACAGGACUUUCGGAUGUACAAGUCAAAGGGACCUUUCAGUGGACCGUGCAGGAGGAGGUCCAGUUCACACACUGGAAUGCAGACAUGCCAGGCCGAAAGGCAGGUUGUGUCGCCAUGAAGACCGGAAUUGCAGGGGGCUUAUGGGAUGUUCUGAAAUGUGACCAGAGAGCAAAAUUUGUGUGCAAGCACUGGGCAGAAGGAGUAACUCGCCCACCAGAGCCCACAACAACGCCUGAGCCCAAAUGCCCAGAGGAUUGGGGUACCACCAGUAAGACAAGCUCUUGUUUCAAGCUGUUUGCAAAAGCAAAACAUGAGAAGAAAACAUGGUUUGAAUCUCGAGAUUUUUGUAGAGCCCUGGGUGGAGAGCUAGCCACUAUCAAGAGUAAAGAGGAACAGCAAACAAUAUGGAGAUUAAUAACGAGUACCGUGAGUUAUCAUGAGAUGUUCUGGCUGGGACUGACUUAUGGAGGUACUUCAGAAGGAUUCACCUGGACUGAUGGUUCUCCGGUUUCCUAUGAAAACUGGGCUUAUGGGGAACCCAAUAAUUAUAAUAAUGUUGAAUACUGUGGUGAGAUGAAAGGUGACCCUAAUAUGUUCUGGAAUGACAUUAACUGUGAACAUCUUAACAAUUGGAUUUGUCAGAUACAAAAAGGAAAAACGCCAAAUCCAGAGCCAACACCAGCGCCACAAGAAAAUCCACCAGUCACUGAAGAUGGGUGGGUUAUUUAUAAAGAUUACCAGUAUUAUUUUAGCAAACAGAAGGAAAGCAUGGACAAUGCCCGAGCUUUUUGCAAGAGGAACUUUGGUGAUCUUGUUACUGUUAAAAGUGAAAGUGAAAAGAAGUUUCUAUGGAAAUAUGUAAACAGAAAAGGUGCCCCGUCAAUGUCAGCAUAUUUUAUUGGUUUAUUGAUCAGCAUGGAUAAGACAUUUAUUUGGAUGGAUGGAAGCAAAGUGGAUUAUGUGUCUUGGGCCCCAGGUGAACCCAAUUUUGCAAAUGAGGAUGAAAACUGUGUAACCUUGUAUACAGAUUCAGGGUUGUGGAACGACAUUAACUGUGGUUAUCCAAAUCCCUUCAUUUGCCAGAGGCACAACAGCAGCAUUAAUGCCACAGCCGUGCCCACCACACCCCCGACCCCAGGGGGCUGUAAGGACGGUUGGAAGUUUUAUAGCAACAAGUGUUACAAAAUCUUUGGAUUUGUUGAAGAAGAGAAAAAAAACUGGCAAGAGGCACGAAAAGCUUGCAUAGGAUUUAAGGGGAAUCUGGCUUCCAUACUCAAUGAAAAGGAGCAAGCAUUUCUCGUCUCUCACAUGAAGGAAUCCACUUUUAAUGCCUGGAUUGGGAUGAAUGAUGUCAAUUCAGAGCACAAGUUCCUUUGGACAGAUGGCCGAGGAGUGCAGUAUGUGAACUGGGGGAAAGGUUUCCCUGGAGGAAGAAGAAGCAGCCUUUCUUACGAAGAUGCCGACUGCGUUGUGAUUAUAGGAGGGAAAACAAGGGACGCGGGGAAAUGGAUGGACGAUGUCUGUGACAGCAAGAGAGGCUACAUAUGCCAGACACUGCCGGAUCCUGCUCUGCCUAAUUCGCCAACAACAGCUCCAGCAGGUGGCUUUGUUAAAUACGGUGAAAGCAGCUAUUCACUCAUUAAAAAUAAAUUAACAUGGGAUGAGGCAGAGAAAUAUUGCAAGGGCUACACUUCCCUUCUUGCCAGCAUUCUGGAUCCCUAUACGAAUGCAUUUUUGUGGUUAAAAAUACAGCCAUUGAAUGUACCUGUGUGGAUUGGCCUGAACAGUAACUUGACCAACAAUGACUACACUUGGAUUGAUAAAUGGAGAAUGAGGUACAAUAACUGGGCAGCGAACGAGCCCAGGCUGAAAUCGGCCUGUGUUUAUCUGGAUGUUGACGGUUUCUGGAAGACUUCAUAUUGCAAUGAAAGUUUUUAUUUUCUCUGCAAGAGAUCAUAUGAGAUUCCAGCCACUGAGCCACCCCAGCUGCCCGGCAGGUGUCCGGAGUCAGAGCUCAAUGCGUGGAUUCCUUUCCACGGUCACUGCUACUACAUCGAAUCUUCAUUCACAAGGAACUGGGGCCAAGCUACUCUGGAAUGUCUUCGAAUGAGUUCCUACCUGGUUUCCAUUGAAAAUGCUGCUGAAUCCAGUUUUAUUUCAUACCUAGUUGAACCUCUUAGAAGUAAAACCAAUUUUUGGAUAGGAUUAUUCAGAAAUGUUGAAGGAAAAUGGCUCUGGAUAAACAACAGCCCAUUGUCCUUUGUCAACUGGAACUCAGGAGAUCCUUCUACUGAGCGAAAUGAUUGUGUAGCUUUGGCUGCCUCGACUGGGCUUUGGAGUAAUAUUCAUUGUUCUUCCUACAAAGGAUUUAUCUGUAAAAGAGCAAAAAUUAUUGAUCCUGAACCGACUCGGACAUUAAUCACAACGAAAGCUGACUCCAGGAAGAUGGAGCCUUCCAAAAAAUCUUCCAGCGCCACAGGAGCUGUGGUUGUCGUGGUCCUCCUGAUUGUAAUGGGUGCUGGCCUCGCUGCCUAUUACUUUCAUAAGAAGAGACGGGGGCACCUACCUCAAGAAACCACCUUUGAAAAUACUCUCUACUUUAACAGUCAUUCAAGUCCAGGAACUAGUGAUACAAAAGAUCUCAUGGGAAAUAUUGAACAGAACGAACAUGCAGUCAUCUAGUAUUGCAAUGUGAUUUUGUUAUAUUUGGGUUUCAUAAAAUUACAACUAAAUUUUAGAUUCUUUAAUUCGAUGUGAUUGUUUAUUUUCAAAAUUAGUACUGCAUUGUAUUGGUCUGUCCCUUUUCUUUACCUAAUGGAAGAAAUAAUUGCUUGUCUUCUAGUCUGGCAAAAUAUUUUCACAAAAAAAAGGGAUAGUCAUGGUGAUGACUACUUUUAAAAACACCUUAGGUGCGUACACAAGACCUCAAUGCCAACAUUUCAACAUCAUUGAUGGGGAACUGUUGUCAACAUCGUACCAUGCACAAGAGUUGCAGAAAUAAUAAUCCAAAGUUUGAAAUAUUUUAAGGAACUCCCAAAGAUAAUGCCUCUAAUAACCUGUAAUUCAACAAUUAGAA